CGCGAUCUUAUUUUUUUUUCGAUUCCUCAUGCCUCCUAAACAAAAGAAGCCUAAUAACCACGAUAACAGCAACGAAGAAGGUGAAGAACCUUUUCAAGCUGUUAUUUUGACUGAUUUUUUUGACGAUCAAUUUUCACCUAUUUCUCAUGAAUUGCCUCGAUGCCUUAUGCCUCUCUGUAAUAUUCCUUUGAUUGAAUAUACUAUGGAAUUGUUAGCUAGUGUUGAUAUUUUUGAAGUCUUUGUUGUUUGCACUACACAUAUUGAUGCUAUCAAAGCUUAUUUCGAGCAAUCUGAAUGGAUGAAACCCAAUUCUCGUCUCACAGUUAAGAUUGUAGCUACACCUGAAUGUAUGUCUGUAGGCGAUGCACUCCGAGAAUUGGACGCUCGUCAAUUGAUCACCACUGAUUUUAUUUUGACUUCGGGUGAAUUGAUUUCCAAUGUCAAGUUGGACAAAAUCCUUGAAGAACACCGUGCUCGUAAAAAGACAGAUAAAAACUCUAUCAUGACAAUGGUCUUGAAAGAAGCUUCUCGUACACAUACAGCAAGACCUAAAGAUGCCAGCAGUGUGUUUGUCAUGGAUCCUGUGUCUAGUCAAUGUGUUUAUUAUGAAUCUGUUGUUUCUUUUCCUCGUAAGCACCGCAUUGAUAUUUCACCCGAGAUUUUCGAAAACAAACCUCAGAUUGAAUUCCGUAACGAUCUUGUCGAUCCUUACCUUGACAUUUGUUCAGUAGAAGUGCCUGCUUUGUUUACUGAAAACUUUGACUGGCAGCGUCUGCGUAGUGAUUUUGUUCAUGGUAUCCUUACUUCUGAUAUUCUGGGCAAGACCAUCUACACCAAACUUGUGUCUGAACCCUAUGUUGCUCGCGUACAAAACGAGCAACUCUACAGCACUGUCACUCACCAUAUGCUGAAUCGUUGGGUGUUUCCUAUUGUACCCGAAACAAACUUGAGAGCAGGGGAUGAUUAUGAAUUCACAAGAGGCAAUAUUUACAAGUCUGUUGAUGUUGUGUUAUCAAGAUCAUGUAUGAUUGACGAAAAUGUCCAAAUUGGCUCAGGCACACGUAUUGGCGAAAACACACGUAUUGCUAAUUCUAUCAUUGGCAAGAACUGUAAGAUUGGUGAUAAUGUUGUAUUGGAAGGUGCUUUUCUUUGGGACAAUGUGGUGAUUGGUGAUAAUUGUAUCAUUGAAAAAAGUAUUAUUGCCAACGAUGUCCAUAUAUUAGAAAACACAACAAUCGCGCAAGGCUGUCUUGUCUCUGUUGGUGUUACACUUGGCCCUAAAGCCAUCAUUCCUAAAUAUUCUAGACUCAGCCUUGUUCCUCAACCCAAGGCAAGUAUGUUUGAGAGCAGUGAUGAAGAAGACGAUGAAGAAGAACACCGAGGACAAGUCUUGACAGGCGACCAUGCUACUGUCUAUUUCUGGACACUUCAAUCAGAUGAUGAUGAUAUAGAUAUCCGCAACACCAAGCUUGGUUCGUUAGCUUAUGAUAUGGCUGAUCUUGUCUUGAAAGAAGGUGAUAUCACAGACAGUGCUAGUGAAGUAGGUGAAUCAGAUGAUGAUUCUGAUAUUGGGUCUAUUAGUGGAGGUUGGGCACUUGAGACCAGUAUGGCUAGAAAGACAGAAGAAUUCAAAAAGGAAAUUGCACAGACGAUUGAGAGAUCUCUAAAUGAAAACCACACUGUAUAUACAGCAGCCUUAGAAGUGACUGGUUUGCGUAUGUCUAGUAAUGGAUCAUACACAGAUGUUAGAGAAGUGAUGAUUCCUAUCAUCAUGGAUCAUAUUGAUCGCAAUAAUCCAGUCCAAAGCCUAAAAACUGUCUUGAACAAAUGGGCUCCCCUUGUUGGAAAGAUGACACAUUUACCAGAAGAUCAAUUACAUGUCUUACAGGUCUUACAGAAGUAUUGUGCCUCAGAAGAGUAUCUCGGUAAACUGUUUUUGGGUGCAUUACAAAUAUUUUACAAUGCCGAUAUUGUGGAAGAAGAAGCUAUUCGUCGUUGGUACAAUAGUAAUGAAUUAUCCAUGGCUAGUCCUGCUGAAUCUAAAUUAAGAGAGAAGGCCAGUAAGUUUAUUGAAUGGUUAGACGAAGCAGAAGAAGAGUCCGAGGAAGAAGAAGAGAGUGAUGAAGAAUAAUAAUAAUAAAAUAGCUUGACUGUGUGUCUUCUCUAAGCCACUUGAUUUUAAAUAAAGUAUUUUGUUUUUUUUCGAGUUUUCUUCUUUAUACUAUGUCCGUACAAGGUCCAGAUAAUAU